UAGGGAGCAAACCAGGAAGUUGGUACAGUGGUGUUAACAGGUAGAAAAUCACCUUAAAAUCAACAAUUCCAUUAGGAUGGAUAAUCUGUCAUAAAGUUGAGUUAAAAACCACAGGAAUGUAGAGAAAUAGGCAACAAUGUUGACCAGUGGAUACUUAUACAGAUAUUGCUAGGAAAUUGGGCGAAAUAUUAAAAGGUGUGUGACCUGAAAGACAACAUGGCGAGCAAUGCAUGCUGCCCUAACAACUUUUACAGGAAGGAUGACUUCAGUGAUUGCAUUCCAGUGCCUGAACCUGGCAAUGAUACCAUGGUCAUUGGGAUUGUCACCAGUGUCUUUGUCGUCCUCACCAUCACCAUCGUGUGCUACUUCUUCUGUUGCUACAGACGCAAGGUGCUGAAGCGUGCCAAUGUGUGUUGUAAUUGUGAAGACAUAUCAGGAUGCUGUACAUUCCUGUCAUGUUCAGACUCACGUUCUAGUGAUGCUAUGAAGGUAACCAAGAGCAACAGCCAACCAGAUGUCUCAUAUGUAAGCGUACCUUUACAAGAAACACCACUACCACGCAAGCAACCCCUAGCACGCAUCAGUGGCCCAGAACAUAGCAGACCCGAUUUCCAGCCUAAAUAUACUAAACCUGACUUGAGGCAAAGUCCCAGUCAACCAAGUGAGGAUAUAGACAUGGAAAGAGUCCCAUUGCAAUCAAGGGACUAUGAUCAAACUAUACAAGCAGAUAUAACACCACUACCACCUCCAUAUCUUGAGCGUGAGGAGAAUCAGGGUAGUCCAAAAACUGCCCCAAAGCAGCCAAUGAAGAAGCCAGAGACUUCCCAGCCUCAGCCUCUGAUUACUCCCCUACAGUCUCUUGCAAAACCCAUACCCUCAAAUAAUCCUAGUGUAAAUCCCCAAUUUACUCCUAAACCACCUGUAAAUGAUGCUGGAGUAGACACACUGGAUAAUUCAGUGAAUCCUCAAAAACAACCACUGAAGAGAGUAGCUAAACCACACAAUCCUCCUUCACUUGCUAAACUUAACAGAGACAUCAAUAAAGCUAAAGCUGUGAAUCAUAAGCCUGGUCAUUCUAAGACCCCAGUCAAAACAACCCUCAGUAAUGGACUAACAAAUCAGAAAAAUCAUGAUUUCUAUGUCAGUGGAAUAUUCAAUCAUAAUGGUGGCCAUCUUGUUUUGCCACAUCUGGACAUCAAAAUGCAUAUACCAGCAGGUGCAAUUAACAUGGACGAAGAGCAAGAGAUAUACAUGUACUUAAAUCUAGACCCCAAAAAGGAGCCACCCCUGAGACCAGGAGAGUCCUUAGUCAGUCCAGUUGUUGUAUGUGGCCCUGAGGGACUGACAUUCAACCAAAGUGUGGUGCUGUCAUAUCCACAUUGUAUAAGCGACCCUGCUAAAAGUGAAGUGACCACUUUAUAUACGGGAGAAGUAGAAGCCCCUCAACCAGUCUAUAGUGAUUUGAAAGAUGACAAGAAAUCUCUUAAUCUUAUAAGAGGGAAAAAGAUGGUGCUAUUUAUGGAUCACUUCACUGGAUUUACUUCUGUCGCAGUGGGUGGAGUCAAGAAGAUGGCAAUCAUGCACUUCACCAGUCCAUUGGUCCCUGGAGAUGACCUGUUGCUAAGGUACUGGAUCUUCAACAGAGACAGGGCAACACGACAGGCUGUCCUGCAUGAGGAAAGAGAACUAGGGGGUGUUAUGUGCACAGCAGCUAAAGAUAUCAGGGUGAAUGCUGAUGCAGGGGACAUAGAGCUAACAGUUGAUAAACUGAUGCCUGGUUGGACCCCAUACCCACAGGACCAUUAUGGGGACCUGAUUGACUUCAACAGUGUUUGGACGAACAACAAAAGUUAUAUUGAAUUUCAUUUUGAACCAUCUGAUGAAAGUAAAGAUAAAUUCCGUUGCAUUGUAAGAACCAAUCAGAUUUCAUCAGCAGCUAAACCAACAGUUAGCACGAUAUUUAUGUCCGACACCAAGAAUAUACCAACCCAGGACAAGCCUAUUGAAACUGAGGCUGUGGCACGUCUACGUGAAAGUAUUCUCCCAUAUGAAGUUCGUAUAAAGAUAUGUCGUUUAAUGGACCAUAAGCAAGACACAGGUAUUGACUGGAGAGUUCUAACAGAUGAGAUGAAUCUAACAAUGGAUGAUAUCAAUCUACUGGAGCAGAAUAGUGCCUACCAUAGUCCUACAUUCCAAUUACUAAGUCUCUGGGAGCUUGAGAAAUCCCCAGAACCAUCUAUCCAAUCGCUAACAUCUUUAAUGAAUAUAUUUCAAAAGUGUGGCAGAGUAGAUGCUGCUCGGAUUAUACAUGAACAUAUUGAGGAAACAAUGCCACAAGGAGUGCAGGGAGUGGAUGACCCUAGCCUCCCUCUAUAUCCUCUACCUACGGAACAUGAGCAAAUGAAUGACUAUUACUCCAAUAAGGGACAUCUCUAUGAACAUGCUCGAGUUGACAAAGAGGGGAAUGAUAUGAACAGAGGGAGGACGAAACAACGAGCGUUAUCUGCUCCUGCGCAUCCAAAUGCAAGCGAAAAGCAAAAAACGAAGCACAGGCCUCAGUCAAACCCUGGCAGGAGCCACGAGGACCUGGAGCCCCAGCCAUUCAUGAGGACACCAACUAGGUACACAGUGCCGCAUGCAUCAUCAGAUUACAAGGGGCACAGGGUUCAAGGUGUGAAUAACGCAGGGGAGGUACUAUCCCCACCUAUCUCCCCUACUUCACCUAGUAAUAAUUACUAUGUUCCUAACAUUCCUGUGUCACCUAAAGACAAACAGCCUGUGUCACCUACAGACAACCAACGGCAAACAGACAUUAAUGCCAACAAUGGGCAAUGUCGUACACCAAUGAUGCGACAAUAUCACAAUGAGGCCAUAGCGAACCCCAAUUCACGGGGUUAUGGGAGACCAGAUUUUGGCGGAAGAUCCCCUAGGACAACCCCUCCCCCUGUUUCAGGAUACCCGCCAAAGCAUCGGGACUCUGGGCACCACUCAGACAUUGAUAAUAACAGAGAUAGUGCAACAAUGCCUGGUAUCUCUGAGAAACCAAGAUUAGUAUCUACACAGGAGUCAAAGGAUUCAGGGACAGAUAGUCCUAACAAUAUGCAAGACUCGAUAGAAUAUACACGUCAUCCAAAUGACAAUUCUGGACGAUUCAAAUUUCCAACAAACAGGAACAGUAUUACAACUGUAGUGUAAGAGCUAAUAAUCAAAUCUAAUUAUUGAAAUAUUGCAAUAUGCAUAUAACAUUCAUGCAUACAAAUAUUUUCUAAAAAGUUCAGAAGAAAAGUUUUUUUAAUUUCUGUUUAUGGAAGGAGAUUUAAGGCGAGUGUGGAACAAGUCAGUGAUCAGUAUUUCAUCAUGUUUUUAAAUUAAGAAAAAAUUGCCAAAAUGUAAUGUAUAUAUUGCCAUGGUGGAGGUUUAUUUGUGUAUGCUCAUAAAUAUGAAGCUUUUUUAUGUUGUGAUUGUACAUUAUUCAUACAUACCUACUAUUCAGAAUAUUUUCAAAUUCUAUGUGUGUACUUCAUAUAACCUCUGAAUACAAAUGAUUUCACAGAUGCCUGAAGCUAUAUAUAUUAGAGUUUCAAUAAUAUGUGUAUGGUAAUUUUAUGUGAUAUAUUUUUGUAUGAAGAAGCUGAUGGUGUUGUAGCUGAAAGAAGGUAGUAAUGACCCUAUUUCUCUCGAAAUUUAUUUAAAGGAAUAUUUCACCCCAAUGUCACUUAUCUUAGAAAAUGAGUGGGGAAAAGUGACACUACAAUAUGAGUAUUACAAUAGGUUCUCGGACAAAAUGUUUGGAUAUUCAUUACCUUCUCCACCAAAUACUCUCUAUGUGAUUAUAAAAAUUUUCCAAUACAACCAUCAGGGCAACAUACAAGGAUUAUGUAUGUACAUGUGCAGUAUAUACUGUAUAUAUUAUGUGUAUCAGGAAGCUUUGACAGAGCUUUAACUGUAGAGUAUGAUGUCACAUUCCAGCUGGCAGAGGGACCAAGUACAAUUAUUUUCGAAAUAUGUGUUCAUAUUUAAUGAUUUAUAAGCCACAAAUAUGGUUGUGAUUAUUAUACAUAGACUAUUGUAUUGGAAUAUAUAUUUAGCUACUUUUGAUAACUCCUAUAGACUGUAUUAUACCUUGAAGAUUGAGGUUGUGUAUUUUCUUGUAAUUUUCAAUAACAUCCAGCGAGGUCAGUAUUUUGAAUACAUGUUCCUCUAUAUUUUGAUUAUUAUAUAUAUUUUGGGUAUAAUACAGUGAAACCUGCAAAAGGGAAACAACUCACUACAGACAUAGAACACUUUGAAAAUGUAAAGAUUCCAGUGUUAUCUGAACCUUCAACGUGAAAACUUUGAGCUGGCCAGUCAUAGGUGUUUACUCCUUGUAGGUUUUCUUGUUCAUGUCUUUCAUGUUAACAUUCAAUUUUAAAUGACUUAAUGAAACUGAUAGGGUGCAAUAAGUAACACAGUGGCCAUAAUUCUUUUAACAAGUUGCUGCCCCCCUCCCUCUUCCUCAAACAUUUCACCUCCUUUGACCAUGGGAAUUCAAGAAAAAAAAGCUUUGACAAUUUAACAAUGUGGGGGGAGCAGAGACUUUGAUAUCAGACAAAGUGACCAUUAGAAUAUCAACUUCAAAAUUGCAAUCAUGUUCUAAAAACUGCUGUAUAAAUUCAAGUUGAAAUCUAAUAUCUUUUACAUUCCACAUUCUAAAAGCAGCAAGUUAUCUUCUAUUUUGAAGAUAAUCUAUGAUCUCACAUACUACAUCUCGACCAACUGGAGGGACAAUUUCAAUGCAUUUUAUAGGUGAACCCAUAACUGAGAACAUAUGAGGGAUGAUCAAUAUGUUUUAUGCUGGUUCUGACAUCUUGUCAAAAAUUCAUAUUUGUCUUUGUUUGUUAUUGUUAUUUUCAAAGAACAAACAUAUACAGGGUGUCAAAUAAAU